AUGGAGCAAAAUGUGCAAGUUGUUGGAAAAAAACUAUGGCACAUAGUGAGAGUGGCCUUUUUCAUAGUUAGGAAAAACAUGAGCAAAAGAAAACUUCUCUUAGACCUAAAAUAUUUAGUCAUGAAACGCCCAAAACUCACCGGAAAAUCACUCGUAAAAAAACUAACCCACCACAACCACAACCACAACCACCAGCGCCAUAGUGGUGCAUAUGAGUUUAGUUGUAGUAACACCCCAAACCAUCCGUUUCAAUUUAACCACAAUAAAAAGGCGCACAAAAAUAAAGACUACACUAAAUUUUCUAUUUAUGAGGAGGUUGAGGGAUGUGAAAUACAAGCCGUGAACAAAGUGAUUGAAAUGAUGACUAAUUCAAAUUGUCAAAUCGAUGAUGUUGAGGGUUCUCCAUUCCCAUAUUUCUACUCACCGGUUUUAGCCGGGUUUGGGACAAGCGGAAGCCCAAUUGUGAGGGUAACCGACUCUCCAUAUUUGUUGCAUGAUGUAGAGCCAGGAAAUUAUAAGGUGGACGAGGCUGCUGAUGAGUUUAUUCAAAGGUUUUAUAACAACCUUAAGCAACAAAGGAUAAUGGAUGCUUAA